GCUGCACAGCUUGGCGCAGGUGCCUUGGUCGUCUGGUUCCCAACGCAAACGCUGCGCCGGUCCCCGGCGGGUCCCCGUGGCCCUCGGCCGGGCGCUUCGCCGGCUCCGGCUCCGGUAUCCGGGCGCAGUGCCCAGGGCGAGGCGGGAAGACAGCCCCGCCUCCCGGACGCUGAGACAUGAUGAGCAGCCACGGCAACAGUCUGUUCCUGCGGGAGAGCGGCCAGCGCCUGGGCGGGGUCGGCUGCUUGCAGGGGCUGCAGGACAGUCUGCAGCAGAGAGCACUGCGCACACGUCUGCGCUUGCAGACUAUGACGCGAGAGCACGUGCUGCGCUUCCUGCGCCGGAACGCCUUCAUUCUGCUCACAGUCAGCGCUGUCGUCAUUGGGGUCAGCCUGGCAUUUGCCUUGCGCCCUUACCAGCUCUCCUACCGCCAGAUCAAGUACUUUUCUUUUCCUGGUGAGCUGCUCAUGAGGAUGCUGCAGAUGCUGGUGCUGCCCCUCAUCGUCUCCAGUCUGGUCACAGGUAUGGCAUCCCUGGACAACAAGGCGACGGGGAGGAUGGGGAUGCGGGCAGCCGUGUACUACAUGGUGACCACGGUCAUUGCAGUCUUCAUUGGCAUCCUCAUGGUUACCAUCAUUCAUCCUGGGAAGGGCUCCAAGGAGGGACUGCACCGAGAGGGCCGCAUUGAGACAGUUCCGACAGCCGAUGCUUUCAUGGACUUGGUCAGAAAUAUGUUUCCACCCAACCUUGUGGAGGCCUGCUUCAAACAGUUUAAGACGCAGUACAGCACGAGAGUGGUAACCAGGACCAUUGUAAGGACAGAGAAUGGGUCAGAUCUGGGGGCCUCCAUGUCUCCCCUAUCCUCGGUGGAGAAUGAAACCAGCAUCCUGGAAAAUGUCACCCGGGCCCUGGGCACUCUGCAGGAGGUGCUCAGCUUUGAGGAGACUGUGCCAGUGCCUGGCUCUGCCAACGGCAUCAACGCCCUGGGCCUCGUGGUCUUCUCUGUAGCCUUCGGGCUGGUCAUUGGUGGCAUGAAGCACAAAGGCCGAGUCUUGAGGGACUUCUUUGACAGCCUAAACGAGGCUAUUAUGAGGCUGGUGGGCAUCAUCAUCUGGUAUGCACCAGUGGGCAUCUUGUUCCUGAUUGCUGGGAAGAUUCUGGAAAUGGAAGACAUGGCCGUCCUUGGAGGUCAGCUGGGCAUGUACACCCUGACUGUCAUAGUGGGCUUGUUCCUCCAUGCUGGUGGCGUCUUGCCCCUCAUCUACUUCCUCGUGACCCAUCGGAACCCCUUCCCCUUCAUCGGGGGUGUGCUGCAGGCCCUCAUCACAGCCAUGGGCACCUCUUCCAGUUCUGCAACUCUGCCUAUCACCUUCCGCUGCCUGGAGGAGGGCCUGGGUGUGGACCGCCGCAUCACCAGGUUUGUGCUGCCCGUGGGGGCCACCGUCAACAUGGAUGGCACAGCACUCUAUGAGGCCUUGGCUGCCAUCUUUAUUGCUCAAGUCAACAACUAUGAACUCAACCUGGGCCAGAUCACCACAAUCAGCAUUACGGCCACAGCAGCCAGCGUUGGGGCUGCCGGUAUCCCCCAGGCGGGACUGGUCACCAUGGUGAUUGUGCUCACUUCUGUCGGCCUGCCCACAGAGGACAUCACGCUGAUCAUAGCUGUGGACUGGUUCCUUGACCGGCUUCGCACGAUGACCAACGUGCUAGGGGAUUCGAUUGGAGCCGCCGUCAUUGAGCACUUGUCUCAACGGGAGCUGGAGCUGCAGGAGGCUGAGCUAACCCUCCCCAGCCUGGGGAAGCCCUAUAAGUCACUCAUGGCACAAGAAAAGGGGGUAUCAAGGGGUCGGGGAGGUAACGAGAGUGUCAUGUGAGGGGUUUCCAGCUUCCUGCCCAGGGAGGAGGGAGGGGCUAGGAGGGGAGUCCUGGGGCCGGUCUGCUGUCCAACCGACUAUGGGUUGAACACCCAUGCUUUGUGUGGCUUCUUUAGGGGGCUGAGAUAAAGGAGCAGGAAUGAAAGGU